AUGGUCCGCCAUCCAAGACACAAAAGCCUGUUGCGAGACGUGUUUGUGGCUUGCGUCUUAAUUUCCGCAGCCAUGGCCCAACAGCAUCCUCGCGUGCGCAGAGCAACUUCUGAGCCAAAUAAAACAACCGUUGCCGAGAAGGUGUACACGCCUGCCCCAACUACCGGCAGCCCGGCAGCGCUAACGACAACUGAAAUUCCGACUGCCACAGAAACAUCUACACUUGUGCUGGACGUAGUACCAUCUGCCGCUGAAAACCGUAACGCCGAAUUAAACAUUUCCGCAGCCACAGAGUCCAAGGAAUUCAAUGCAAGCGCUGAUGCCGCUCCCUCGGGGGAAAGCGAACUCUAUUAUGACAAUGUGUCCGCACCGUGUGACCCGGGAAUGGCAGGAUUUGAAAUUGUUACUGGUUAUGUGUUCUCCGCACCUGGCAAGCUUAUGGACUCGCUGCCGGGAACUUUGAUGUUGACCGAUUGUUUGGCCACUUGCCAGAAAAACGAAACGUGUGAAUCUGUAAAUUAUGAGACCGGCCUGUGUGUGUUGUUCUCGGCACAUGCCGAUCAGUUACCGGGUGCUUUGACCAAAUCGCAGUUCCCCGUUUUUACCAUUUAUGCGCAAAAAUCGUGCAUUUCGAAAAAGCCCUGCUCGCGAGCCUGGUACGUCGACCGCGUUCAGAACUACAAGUUGGCAACAAAAAUGAGGCGUAGAGUGCCGGUGGCUUCCCGGCGCGAGUGCUUUGAACUUUGUUUGGGCGAAACGGAAUUCUCAUGCAGAUCCGCAAACUAUGAACGGAAGACGGGUAUGUGUGAGUUGAGCGAGUUCGAUCGCAUGACUUUGGCUGGAAGCAAUGCCUUCCAGGAAAUGGAGGGCACCGACUACUUGGAGAACCAUUGCAUUGAGGAGCCCAAUAAGUUGUGUGAAUUCAAGCGUCUUCCUGGACGGAUACUUAAAACUGUGGACUCUGUCUACCAGGAAGUGAACAGCAUUGACGAGUGCCGUGAGCUGUGUCUAAAUACCCCCUAUAGAUGCCAUUCUUACGAUUACAAUGACACUGGCGAUAUGGUGUGCCGCUUAUCUCAUCACAGUCGGGCCACCCUAACCGAUGUCCAGGAUCCCUACCUAGAGGUGCCUGAAGCGUCGACUUACGAGCUGGCCUCCUGCUACAACGUAACCAUAGAAUGCGGCGGUGGAGACAUGCUGGCCCGUAUACGUACGUCUAAGUUGUUCAGCGGAAAGGUUUACGCCAAGGGCUCUCCCAAAUCUUGUGCCGUCGAUGUAAAGAGCGCACUGGACUUUGAAUUGCGUAUGAACUACCAAGAUUUGGAGUGCAAUGUACGUCAAAGCGGUUCAGGACGCUAUGUCAACGACAUUAUCAUUCAGCACCAUGACAUGAUAGUGACCUCAUCCGACUUGGGGCUGGCCUUAGCCUGUCAGUAUGAUCUUAAAAACCAGUCUGUCAGCAACGUUGUGGACUUGGAUGUGCGUGGCGACAUUGUACCAGCGCUUUCCGAGGAAGUGAUUGUGGAUUCCCCCAAUGUCAUAAUGAAGAUCACUUCGCGCGAUGGGUCUGACAUGCAUUCGGCCGAGGUCGGCGAUCCGUUGGCUCUCCAGUUUGAGAUUGUUGAUGAGGAGAGCCCGUUCCAGAUAUUUGUGCGCGAACUGGUAGCAAUGGACGGAGUUGAUAACUCUGAAAUAACUCUAAUUGACUCGAAUGGCUGCCCCACGGACCACUUCAUUAUGGGUCCCAUAGAGAAGCGCUCGCUCUCUGGUAAGAUUCUGCUGUCGCAUUUCGAUGCCUUCAAGUUCCCAUCCAGCGAAAUGGUGCAAUUCCGCGCUUUGGUGACCCCCUGCAUACCUAGUUGCGAGCCUGUGCUGUGUGAUCAGGAGGAUUCGAGCGGCGAAUUGCGCUCGCUGACUUCAUACGGGCGCAAACGCCGAUCGCUUAACGUGGAAGGUGGCAAACCACGCUUUCGUCGUGAGUUGGGGACGCUUUCACAACCAAAUCUGAGCGAUAUGUUGUUGGUGCAAUCGAUUCAAAUCACCGACAAAUUCGGCUUCGAAAAGCAGCACCAACGAAGCGGAGGCAGCUACUACGAGAGCAAUGAAACGACAUUCAUGCCUGGAGUUGUGGUACCGAGUUUUUGCGUGAAUGCCAUUGGUCUGAUUACAGCGGCCACGAUUUUUCUACUCACUCAGUUGGGUGUGAUUGCCAUCUGGACGUACUGCUACCAACGCCGCCAGAAGUUGCAGCCCUAUCAACAUUAA